CCCCCAAAACAUUGAGGAGGGAAGGCGCGCGUGGGUCCGGCGAGAGGCAUGGGGCUGGAGGGCGAAGCGGAGGGCGGCGGCGGCGGCGGAGGAGGAGCGGACCCCCGGGCGGUGCAGCUGCUGGGGGCGCGCGUGACGCGGAGCCUGCGCAUUGAGCCGGAGCGCUGGGAGCGCUGCGCGCGGGACCCUGAAGCCCAGCGCCUGGUGCGCGCCUUCCUGGAGGGGGAGCCCGGCGGGGAGCUGCUGGUGGCCAGGCUGGGCGCGGGCGGGCAGGUGGAGCUGUCCACGGGGGGGCCGCCUCCCCUCCGCGGGCCGGGCAAGGGGGUCUUCCUGCUGCGCCUGGGCCCCGGAGCCCCGGGGAGCCUCCUCUGCGGGGACCUCGCCCCCUCCGGGCCCCUGGAGCACCUGGCCGCCCUGCUCCAAGAGGUAGUGGCACCUCUCUUGGUGAACCAGAAAAAUCACCAUAACUGGCCACAUGUGGUGUCACAGGAUGUCAUCUACAAUGUUUCUGCCCUGAAAAGCAGUGUGUUUAUUGUGGUUGGUCAAGUGAAAGGCAAAACCUUGCUUCCCCUCCCUGCUGGCCCUGAACACAGCACUUACAUAGAUUUUGACAAUGAGAAAACCAGUGAACUAGUGGAUAAAUCUAUUAUACACACAGUCGAAACAGCUGUUAUUGAAUGGACCCACCAGAUCCAGGGUGUUUUGAAAAAAGACUCAUCGGAGCUCCUUUUGCAAGGUCAAGAUCCUCAUCCAAAGGUGGAAUUGGAUUUUUGGAAAAACAGAUGUGAGGAUCUACAGUGCAUCUACAACCAACUGAAAGCCAAGAGGAUUUCAGCCAUGGUGGAGCUGCUGAACAGAGUACAGAGCACUUACUAUGCAGCAUUUACAUCCGUACUCAGCGAUGUAGAAGCAGCUUUGGUUGAGGCCCAGGAUAUAAAUGUGCACCUAAAGCCAAUCCAGGGCCCUUUAGAGGAAACAGAGAAUGUGGAAUUUAAUGAGGUGAAGCCACUGCUAAAUCGUGUGCUUCAUAUGGUGUGUUUGAUCUGGGCUACAUCCAAAUACUACAGCACACCUGCGAGGACAAUUGUGCUGCUUCAGGAAAUUUGCAGCCUCCUUAUCCAGCAGGCUAGAAAUUACCUCAACUAUGAAGAUCUGCUUAAAGCGGAAACCGAAGAAAGCUUGAGAAAAGUAGAAACAGCUUUUGAUGUUUUCAAUUAUUUCAAGCGGUUGUUUGAAGAAAGAAGGGAAACACUUGACACUUACUUUCAGCCAGGUCAGGUGGUAAAAAAGUGGGAUUUUCCUUCCAUAAUGGUUUUUGCACAACUGGAUAACUUUUUGGAAAGGCUCCAAGUGGUUCAUGAUCUCCUGACAACUGUUUUAGACAUAGAGAAGCUGGAAAAGCUUGAAUUCAGUGGCAUAAAAGGGAAAUUUCUAAGCCAGCAGGUUCUGGGCAUGCAUGAAGAAUUCCAAGAGGCAUACAAAGUAUUCUCAGAAAGUACUUAUGACUGCCUGGACAUAGCCAACUUGGAAUUUGAGGAGGAUGUAUAUGAAUUUAAGUGGAAAAUUGAAGACAUGGACCGGAGGCUGGGAACCAUUUUUGGUCAGGCUUAUGAUGAUGCAGCUAGUGUGGAGCAUGUAUUCAAGAUAAUAGAUAUAUUUGGGAGCUUACUAGAACGACCAUUGAUAGCAGCAGAGGCAGGCAGCAAAUAUCAUCUACUCAUCACAAAGUUCGACAGAGAGUUGGAUGAUGCUAAACUGAUCUACCUAAAACAUAUCCAAGAGGAAGUACAGCUAGGUUAUCCACCAGUACACAGGAAUAUGCCAUUGGUUGCUGGAGGAAUUCACUGGACUCGGGAACUAAAAGAUAGGAUUCAGAUUCCAUUUAGCAACUUUAAGUACCUCCCCCACCUUGACUUGGAUUCUGCUGAAGGCAAAAGAAUGGUGAAGAAGUAUGAAGAGUUGAUGCAGUUGCUUGAGAAAUACCAAGAGAAGCUUUAUAAGGAGUGGUUGCAGACUGUGUCUGAAAAAUCACAGUAUAGUCUCACUCAAUCACUUAUCCGACGGGAUCCAGAGAGCAGACAGAUUGCAGUCAAUUUUAACCCUCAGUUGGUGUCGGUUCUAAGAGAAGUGAAGUACCUUGGUACAGAUGAGUUUGGAAAUAUCCCAGAGAUGGCAGCAGCAAUCUAUUCUUCCAAGGAGUCCUUCCGGCAGCUGGUUGCCAACCUGGAAUUGAUGGUCACUUGGUAUAACAAGAUUUUGAGCACUGUCUUGGAAGUAGAAUAUCUCCUCGUGCAAAGUCAGCUGCAAGCAAUUGAUAUUCAGCUGAGAGAGGCAGAAGAGACAUUAAAUUGGAAAUCAGAAGGCCUUUGGGAUCGUGUCUUACCGAUGGUGGACAGUGUUCGGGAUCUUGAGCAAAGAAUUCAGAAAACUAAAGACAAUAUUGAGGAAAUUCAAAACAUCAUGAAAACUUGGGUUUUCCCAGUUUUUGAAAGAAAAGAUGGGAAGAAAGAAUCUUUGCUGUACUUAGAUGAACGACAUGAGCGGUUGGACAGACACUACCAACUCAUCACAGACUCAGGACAUAAGAUUCAUUUUUUAAUCAAGGAAAACCUGAGACUCUUUGCAGCAGACCCAGCUUCUGAUGUUUGGACUGCAUAUUUGGAGCAUGUGGAUGAGAUGGUCCUGGAUGGAUUCUUUAAUGUCAUAGAACGUUCACUUAAGUACCUAUUGGAAAACACAGAUCCUAAGGCAGGCCUCGCUCCCCUUUUCAAAGUGCAGUUAGACUUGUCUGUUCCUGAGAUGGUAUUCCACCCUUCCUUGGAUGCUGGAGCCAGUGAUAGUUUCUAUGAUUUAGUUGAAGCUCUUGUCAAUGACAUAUUCCGGGUUUCUUCCUUGAUGCCCAGACUGGUGGAACAUAGCACUUUCCCACAUUACCAGGCUGACAUGGAGGAAAUGGCUGAUCUUGCUGACAUGCGCCAUACACUUAUGGACCGUAUCCAGAAGAUGAUAUCUGUUUGCUCUGAUUAUCGCAGCUCCUUUGACCACUACUCCUAUCUCUAUGUGGAUGACAAGAAGGAGUUUUUGCACCAGUUCCUUCUGUAUGGUCAUGUCCUCCCUACAGAGGAGAUUGAGCUGCAUGCCGAGAAUGGCAUCCCAGAGAGCCCUCCUACAUUGCAGCAGUUUAAAGAGCAAAUAGAUUCCUAUCAGAAGAUCUACAUGGACGUGAGCCUGUUGGAGCCAGUCAGUAUAUUUGACAGCUGGAUGAAAGUUGAUGCCCGCCCUUUCAAGGCCUCUCUUCUGGGUAUCAUUAAAAAAUGGAGCUUUAUGUUAAAGCAACACCUCGUUGAUCACGUAACACAAAGCUUGGCUGACCUGGAAGAGUUCAUCAAAGUUGCUGAAAGAGGUCUGAGUAAAGAGGUGGAAAAAGGAGAUUAUGAGGGCUUGGUGGAAGUCAUGGGUCAUCUGCUGGCUGUUAAAGACAGACAGACAAGCACCGAUGAAAUGUUUGAGCCCUUGAAACAAACUAUUGAAUUGCUGAAGGCUUAUGAGCAAGAACUGCCAUUGGAAGCAUAUAGACAGCUGGAGGAGCUGCCAGAAAAAUGGAACCAUGUGAAGAAGUUGGCAAUAACUGCGAAGCAUCAUGUGGCUCCACUGCAAGCAAAUGAAGUGACAGUUCUUCGCAAAAAGUGUGCAGUGUUUGAUGUGGAACAGCAAAAAUUCAGAGAAAGAUUUCAUAAAGAGGCACCAUUCAGGUUUGAUGCAGCAAAUCCUUACCAAAUGCUGGCUGCAGCCCACACUGAACUUCAGGAAAUGGAAGUCACCAUGGCCUCAAUUCAUGAGUCAGCUGCAUUGUUUGAAGUUGGUGUUCCAGACUAUAAGCAGCUGAAGCAGUGCAGAAAGGAGGUGCUAAUUCUUAAAGAACUUUGGGAUGUGAUUUCCAUAGUGACAUCUAGCAUGAAUGAGUGGGAGACUACAAAAUGGAAAGAUAUUAAUAUAGAAAACAUGGAACUGGAGUGCAAAAGGUUUGCCAAAGGGAUUCGGAACCUGGAUAAAGAAACCCGGGCCUGGGAUGCUUUCUCUGGAUUAGAAAACAAAGUAAAAAACAUCUUGACCUCACUGAAGGCUAUCUCAGAGCUACAAAACCCUGCUAUCCGGGAGAGGCAUUGGAACCAACUGAUGCAAGCAACGGGUGUGCAGUUCAUAAUGGAUGCAGACACAACUCUAGCAGACUUGCUGAAACUCAACUUACAUAACUUUGAGGAUGAGGUUCGGAGCAUUGUGGAUAAAGCCAUUAAAGAAAUGAGCAUGGAGAAGGUAGUGAAAGAAAUAAAAACAACCUGGGCAGGCAUGACAUUUCAGUAUGAACCUCACCUGCGCACGAAUGUCCCACUGUUGAAGUCUGAUGAGGAACUCAUUGAGACCCUUGAAGACAACCAGGUUCAGUUGCAAAAUAUGAUGACAUCUAAAUACAUUGCCUUCUUCCUAGAGGAAGUAUCUUUCUGGCAGAGGAAACUGUCUACAGCAGACUUAGUAAUUUCCAUCUGGUUUGAGGUUCAGCGGACCUGGUCUCAUUUAGAAAGUAUAUUCAUUGGAUCAGAAGAUAUCCGGGCACAGCUUCCUGAGGAUUCUAAACGCUUUGAGGGAAUUGAUGUUGACUUUAAGGAGCUAGCAUACGAUGCUGAGAAAACACCAAAUGUAGUGGAGGCAACUAACAAGUCUGGUCUUUAUGAGAAAUUAGAAGAUAUCCAAAAUAGAUUGUCUCUUUGCGAAAAAGCUUUGGCUGAGUAUUUGGACACUAAGAGGUUGGCCUUUCCCAGGUUUUACUUUAUUUCUUCUGCCGAUUUAUUGGAUAUUCUUUCAAAUGGCACCAACCCACAGCUGGUUCAGCGUCAUCUUUCAAAACUCUUUGACAACAUGGCCAAGAUGAAAUUCCAGGUGGAGUCUGACCAAAUUCCAACCAAACUGGGCUUAGGGAUGUACAGCAAAGAGGAGGAAUAUGUUGAUUUCAGUGAACCAUGUGACUGCAGUGGUCAGGUGGAGAGCUGGCUGAACCGUGUGCUUGACCACAUGAGGGCCACAGUAAGACAUGAGAUGACAGAGGCUAUGAUGGCUUAUGAAGAAAAGGCAAGAGAACAAUGGCUUUUUGACUACCCUGCACAGGUGGCACUCACCUGUACCCAGAUUUGGUGGACCACAGAGAUUGGGAUCUCCUUUGCCAGGUUGGAGGAAGGCUAUGAGAAUGCUAUGAAGGAGUACUAUAAGAAGCAGGUGACACAGCUGAACACUCUCAUCACCAUGCUCAUUGGCCAUCUCUCAAAGGGGGACAGGCAGAAGAUCAUGACCAUCUGUACUAUCGAUGUACAUGCUCGAGACGUGGUGGCCAAGAUGAUUGCUCAGAAGGUGGACAAUGCACAGGUGUUCCUUUGGCUGUCACAACUCCGUCAUCGCUGGGCAGAUGAGGAGAAGCACUGCUAUGCAAACAUUUGUGAUGCCCAGUUCCUUUAUUCCUAUGAAUACCUUGGGAACACACCACGGUUGGUCAUCACUCCACUGACAGACAGAUGCUAUAUCACCCUCACUCAGUCCUUGCACCUUACUAUGAGUGGAGCUCCUGCUGGACCAGCUGGCACAGGGAAGACUGAGACCACCAAAGAUCUGGGCCGAGCUCUUGGCAUCAUGGUGUAUGUUUUCAACUGUUCAGAGCAAAUGGAUUACAAGUCAUGCGGGAACAUUUACAAAGGUCUUUCUCAGACUGGUGCUUGGGGCUGUUUUGAUGAGUUCAACAGAAUCUCUGUAGAGGUUCUGUCAGUGGUAGCUGUACAGGUGAAAAGUAUUCAGGAUGCCAUAAGAGACAAAAGACAGAAUUUUAAUUUCCUUGGGGAAGACAUUAAAUUGGUUCCUUCUGUUGGUAUAUUCAUUACCAUGAAUCCUGGCUAUGCAGGUCGUACAGAGCUGCCUGAGAAUUUGAAAGCUCUUUUCAGGCCAUGUGCAAUGGUUGUACCAGACUUUGAACUGAUCUGUGAAAUCAUGCUGGUGGCUGAAGGAUUCAUAGAAGCCAGGCUGUUAGCUAGGAAGUUCAUAACCCUUUAUCAGCUGUGCAAAGAACUUCUUUCAAAACAGGACCAUUAUGACUGGGGUUUACGUGCGAUUAAGUCAGUCCUGGUUGUUGCCGGAUCCCUCAAGAGGGGAGACCCAGACCGCCCCGAAGACCAGGUCCUGAUGCGCUCUCUGCGAGAUUUCAAUGUCCCGAAGAUUGUGACGGAUGACAUGCCAGUAUUCAUGGGCCUGAUAGGGGACCUCUUUCCUGCUUUGGAUGUCCCCAGAAAGCGAGAUCUCAGUUUUGAAUCUUUUGUAAAGCAAGCUGUGCUGCAUCUGAAGCUGCAACCAGAAGACAACUUUGUGCUCAAAGUUGUGCAGCUAGAAGAACUCCUGGCAGUUCGGCACUCAGUCUUUGUGGUGGGCAGUGCAGGGACAGGGAAGUCUCAAGUUCUGAAAUCUCUGAACAAGACUUACCAUAUCAUGAAGCGACGGCCUGUUUGGACAGAUCUCAACCCAAAGGCAGUUACCAAUGAUGAACUCUUUGGCAUCAUUAACCCAGCUACGAGAGAAUGGAAAGAUGGACUGUUCUCAUCGAUUAUGCGAGACCUAGCUAAUGUUACACAUGAAGGCCCCAAAUGGAUUGUGCUGGAUGGUGAUAUUGAUCCAAUGUGGAUUGAAUCUCUGAAUACUGUCAUGGAUGAUAAUAAGGUGCUCACACUAGCAAGCAAUGAAAGGAUCCCCCUCAACCCGACCAUGAGGCUGCUGUUUGAGAUCAGUCACUUACGGACUGCCACCCCAGCCACUGUCUCCAGAGCAGGAAUCCUUUAUAUCAAUCCAGCAGACCUGGGGUGGAAUCCUCCUGUGAGUAGCUGGAUAGACGGCCGAGAAAUCCAGUCAGAACGGGCUAAUAUGACCAUCUUGUUUGACAAGUAUUUGCCAGUGUGUCUGGACACCCUGAGAACAAGAUUUAAGAAGAUUAUUCCAGUUCCUGAGCAAAGCAUGGUUCAGAUGUUAUGUUACCUCCUUGAAUGUCUUCUCACCAGGGAGGCAACUCCUCCAGACUCCCCCAAAGAGCUCUAUGAACUUUAUUUUGUCUUUGCUGCUGUCUGGGCCUUUGGUGGCGCUUUGUUCCAAGAUCAGCUUGUUGACUACAGGGUUGAAUUCAGUAAAUGGUGGGUGACAGAGUUCAAGACCAUCAAGUUUCCUUCCCAAGGAACAGUCUUUGAUUUUUACAUUGAUCCUGAAACAAAGAAAUUUGAACUUUGGUCCAAACUCAUCCCCAAAUUUGAGUUUGAUCCAGAAAUGCCAUUGCAGGCAUGCCUGGUACAUACCAGUGAAACCAUCCGUGUGCGCUACUUUAUGGAUCGGCUUCUGGAGAGACGCAGACCAGUCAUGCUCGUAGGAAAUGCCGGCUCAGGAAAGUCCGUGAUUGUUGGUGACAAGCUAUCCUUGCUGGAUUCAGAAGAGUACCUGGUGAAGAAUGUUCCCUUUAAUUAUUACACCACGUCUGCUAUGCUGCAGGCUGUUCUUGAGAACUCACUGGAGAAAAAAGCUGGGAGGAAUUAUGGACCUCCUGGCACUAAGAAGCUAAUCUACUUUAUUGAUGAUAUGAACAUGCCUGAAGUUGACACCUAUGGAACAGUUCAGCCUCAUACUCUCAUCCGACAACAUCUGGACUAUGGACAUUGGUAUGACAGAAACAAGCUGUCCCUGAAGGAAAUCAUGAAUGUGCAGUAUGUGUCAUGCAUGAAUCCCACAGCAGGCAGUUUCACUAUCAACCCACGUCUGCAGCGGCACUUCAGUGUUUUUGCCCUUUCAUUUCCUGGAUCAGACUCUUUGUCCACCAUUUAUAGCACUAUCCUAACACAGCAUUUGAAGUGGGAAAACUUCCCUGGAGCUGUACAGAAAUCAUCACAGCAGCUAAUAAAUCUGGCCCUUGCCCUCCACCUGAAAGUGGCAGCAAUGUUCCUUCCAACAGCUGUCAAAUUUCAUUACAACUUUAAUCUAAGAGAUCUCUCCAAUAUUUUCCAGGGUAUUAUAUUCUCAACUCCUGAAUGUCUGAAAACACCCCAAGACUUAGUAAAGCUGUACAUGCAUGAAUCCUGUCGUGUUUACCGUGAUAAGAUGGUUGACGAAAAGGAUUUUGCUGCCUUUGACAAAAUGCAAACAGAAAUUGUGAAGAAGUUUUAUGAUGAAAUAGAGGAGACUUUGGAACAAACAAAGAAGAUGAACAUGUUUUGCCAUUUUGCAAAAGGGGUUGGGGAGCCCAAAUAUAUGCCGGUUCAGUGCUGGGAGUCCUUGAACCAGAUCCUAGUGGAAGCCUUGGAGAACCACAAUGAAGUCAAUGCUGCUAUGAAUCUGGUGCUCUUUGAAGAUGCCAUGAGUCACAUCUGCCGGAUCAACCGCAUCCUGGAAUCUCCCAGAGGGAAUGCAUUGCUGGUUGGUGUGGGAGGAAGUGGUAAGCAGAGCCUGACAAGAUUGGCAGCUUUCAUUAGCUCCCUGGAGGUCUUCCAAAUCACCUUGAGGAAAGGCUAUGGAAUCCCUGACCUGAAGGCAGAUCUAGCAUCACAGUACAUUACAGCAGGAGUCAAGAAUAUGGGCACUGUGUUUGUUAUGACAGAUGCUCAAGUAGCUGAUGAGAGAUUCUUAGUUCUGGUCAAUGACUUGCUGGCUUCAGGAGAAAUACCUGACCUUUUCCCUGAUGAUGAAGUUGAAAAUAUCAUCAGUAAUAUGAGGAAUGAGGUAAAAGCCCAAGGACUGGUAGACUCCAGAGAGGCUUGCUGGAAAUUUUUCAUUGAUCGAGUCAGACGACAACUCAAGGUUGCUCUUUGCUUUUCGCCAGUGGGGAACAAGCUGAGAGUUCGCAGUCGGAAGUUCCCAGCCAUUGUGAACUGUACAGCCAUAGACUGGUUUCAUGAGUGGCCCAGAGAAGCCCUGGAAUCCGUCAGCCUGCGCUUCUUGGAAGGGACAGAAACUAUUGAGACGUCUGUGAAAGAAUCUAUAAGCAAAUUCAUGGCUUUUGUGCACACCAGUGUUAAUGAAAUGUCCCAUUCUUACCUGAGCAAUGAACGUCGUUAUAACUAUACCACCCCCAAGUCAUUCUUGGAACAAAUAAAACUCUAUCAGAAUUUGCUGUUUAAAAAGGGGAAGGAACUAACAGCCAGGAUGGAUCGUCUGGAGAAUGGAUUGCAGAAGCUAAGAAGCACAUCUGCACAGGUAGAUGAUUUGAAGGCAAAGUUAGCAGCUCAGGAGGUGGAGCUCAAGCAGAAGAAUGAAGCUGCAGAUAACCUAAUCCAGGUGGUGGGUAUAGAGACGGAAAAAGUCAGUAAGGAAAAAGCCAUUGCUGAUGAUGAGGAACAGAAGGUGGCCCAGAUCACACAGGAGGUUCAGCAAAAACAGAGAGACUGUGAGGAAGACCUGGAAAAAGCUGAACCAGCCCUUGCUGCUGCCGAGGAAGCCCUCAAAACACUUAAUAAGAACAAUCUGACAGAGCUGAAGUCAUUUGGAUCACCACCUUCCAUGGUUAGCAAUGUCACUGCUGCUGUGAUGGUGCUCAUGGCUCCAGAUGGGAAGGUGCCCAAGGAUCGGAGCUGGAAAGCAGCCAGAGUGGCCAUGAGCAAGGUAGAUGGCUUCCUGGACUCCUUGAUCCACUUCAACAAAGAGAACAUACAUGAGAACUGCCUCCGAGCCCUGCAGCCCUACCUUCAGGAUGAAAAAUUCAACCCUGAGUUGGUGAAAUUGAAAUCCCAGGCAGCUGCUGGCCUUUGCUCCUGGGUCAUCAAUAUUGUGCGCUUCUAUGAAGUGUAUUGUGAUGUGGAGCCCAAGCGGCAGGCACUCAGCAAAGCGAAUGCUGAACUUGCUGCUGCUCAGGAAAAGCUGGCUAGCAUCAAGGCCAAGAUUGCGCACCUCAAUGAGAACCUGGCAAGGCUGACAGCCAAGUUUGAGAUAGCUACAGCAGAGAAGGUAAAAUGUCAGAAAGAAGCUGAAGCCACUGCAAAUAUCAUCUCCCUUGCAAAUCGCCUGGUUGGGGGUUUAGCCUCUGAGAACGUGAGAUGGGCAGAAUCCGUGAAAGAUUUCAAGCUGCAGGAGAGUGCGCUUUGUGGAGAUGUUUUGCUGAUAACUGCCUUUGUCUCCUACCUGGGCUACUUCAGCAAGAAAUUCAGGCAGGACCUGAUGGACAGUGUGUGGAAACCAUACUUGAACCAGCUAAAAGUUGCAAUCCCCAUCACUCCCUCACUGGACCCACUGAGAAUGCUGACUGAUGAUGCUGACAUAGCAGCCUGGCAGAAUGAAGGACUACCAGCUGACCGCAUGUCCACAGAAAAUGCCACAAUCCUCACUAACUGUGAGCGCUGGCCACUCAUGGUUGACCCUCAGCUUCAGGGUAUCAAGUGGAUCAAAGCCAAGUAUGGAGAAGAUCUCAGAGUGACUCGAAUCGGUCAGAAAGGUUAUCUGGACCUGGUGGAGCAGGCCCUUGCUGCUGGUGAAGUUGUUCUGAUUGAGAACUUGGAAGAAUCCGUUGACCCAGUUCUAGGCCCAUUGCUUGGUCGAGAGACAAUUAAAAAAGGAAGGUACAUUAAAAUUGGAGAUAAGGAAUGUGAAUACAAUUCCAGCUUUCGCCUCAUUCUUCAUACAAAGCUUGCAAACCCUCAUUAUCAACCUGAGAUGCAGGCUCAGUGCACUCUUAUCAAUUUCACUGUAACUCGGGAUGGUCUGGAGGAUCAGCUGCUGGCAGCAGUUGUUAGGAUGGAGAGGCCAGACUUGGAAGAACUAAAGUCUGAUCUCACAAAGCAACAGAAUGGUUUCAAAAUAACGUUGAAAACUUUGGAGGACAACUUGCUUUCCCGCCUCUCCUCUGCCUCUGGGAACUUCUUGGGAGAUACAGCCCUUGUGGAGAAUCUUGAAGUCACCAAACAGACGGCUGCAGAAAUUGAAGAAAAGGUCCAGGAGUCCAAGGUGACAGAAACUAAGAUUAAUGAGGCAAGGGAGCAUUACCGUCCCGCAGCAGCUCGUGCCUCCCUGCUGUACUUCAUCAUGAAUGAACUUAAUACCAUCCAUCCCAUGUACCAGUUUUCUCUAAAGGCAUUCAGUGCUGUCUUUCAGAAAGCAGUUGCAAGAGCAACUCCAGAUGAAAACCUACCUGAGCGAGUUGCCAACCUUAUUGAUAGCAUCACCAGCUCUGUGUUCCAAUACACAACUCGGGGGCUCUUUGAAUGUGACAAACUGACAUACAUGACCCAAGUCACUUUCCAGAUACUUCUGAUGAACAAAGAAAUCAAUGCCAUGGAACUUGACUUCCUGCUACGAUAUCCUGCCCAACCUGGAGUCACCAGUCCUGUGGAUUUUUUAUCAAGCCAGUCGUGGGGUGGCAUCAAGGCACUCUCCUCCAUGGAACAAUUUCACAACCUGGAUCGGGACAUUGAGGGUUCUGCUAAGCGCUGGAAGAAGUUGGUAGAGUCUGAAUGCCCUGAAAAGGAGAAGUUUCCCCAAGAGUGGAAGAAUACAUCUGCUUUACAGCAACUAUGUAUGAUGAGAGCCUUACGUCCUGACCGUAUGACAUAUGCUGUCAGAGAUUUUGUAGAAGAAAAGCUUGGGAGUAAAUAUGUAUUAGGAAGAUCUCUGGAUUUUGCAACAUCAUUUGAGGAGUCAGGUCCCACAAUCCCAAUGUUCUUUAUUCUCUCACCUGGAGUCGACCCCUUGAAGGAUGUAGAGAAACAUGGGAAGAAACUUGGCUACACAUUUAACAACAGGAAUUUCCACAAUGUCUCACUUGGGCAAGGGCAGGAGGUAGUGGCAGAACAAGCCUUAGACCUGGCCACAGCGGAAGGACAUUGGGUUAUCCUUCAGAACAUUCACUUGGUAGCCAAAUGGCUGAGUUCCCUGGAGAAGAAGCUGGAGCAGCACAGUGAAGGCGGUCACCCUGAAUUCCGUGUCUUCAUCAGCGCCGAGCCUGCAGCUUCACCCGAAGGCCACAUCAUACCCCAAGGCAUCCUGGAGAACUCCAUCAAAAUCACAAAUGAACCCCCAACAGGGAUGCAUGCCAACCUCCACAAGGCACUGGAUAACUUCAACCAGGACACCUUGGAGAUGUGUUCACGUGAAAAUGAGUUUAAGAGCAUCCUCUUUGCCCUCUGCUAUUUCCAUGCCGUAGUAGCUGAAAGGCGCAAGUUUGGGCCACAGGGCUGGAAUCGAUCCUACCCUUUUAACACUGGGGAUCUCACCAUUUCUGUCAAUGUUCUGUACAAUUACUUGGAGGCUAGUUCAAAGGUUCCUUAUGAUGAUCUACGGUACCUCUUUGGAGAGAUCAUGUAUGGAGGACACAUCACAGAUGAUUGGGACAGGCGUCUCUGCAAGACCUACCUGGAAGAGUUCAUCAAGCCUGAAAUGCUGGAGGGAGAAUUCCUGCUGGCACCAGGAUUUCCGCUCCCAGGGAACAUGGAUUACAACAGCUAUCACCAGUACAUAGAUGAUACCUUGCCUGCUGAGUCCCCCUACCUUUAUGGACUCCACCCCAAUGCAGAAAUUGGAUUCUUGACCCAAACCUCAGAGAAGCUCUUCCGUACUGUUUUGGAACUGCAGCCCCGUGAUACCAGCCUCGGAGAAGGUGGAGGGGCCACCCGGGAGGAAAAGGUGAAGACCCUGUUGGAUGAUAUCCUGGAGAAGCUCACUGAUGAAUUCAACAUCCCUGAACUUAUGGCAAAGAUGGAAGAGAGGACUCCAUAUAUUGUUGUUGCUUUCCAGGAAUGUGAGCGGAUGAAUUUCCUUACAAGUGAAAUUAGACGGUCACUGAAGGAGCUGGACCUGGGGCUAAAGGGCGAAUUAACCAUGACCAGUGAUAUGGAGAACUUACAGAAUGCUAUCUUCUUAGACACUGUACCCGAGUCAUGGACAAAGAGGGCUUAUCCGUCCAUGGCUGGUCUGGGUAGCUGGUUUGCUGAUCUUCUAAAUCGGAUCAAGGAGCUUGAGACAUGGACCGGGGACUUCAUGCUCCCAUCUGCAGUGUGGUUGGCAGGAUUUUUCAACCCCCAGUCUUUCUUGACAGCUAUAAUGCAGUCUACAGCCAGAAAAAAUGAAUGGCCCCUGGACAAAAUGACACUACACUGUGAUGUGAGCAAGAGGAACCGCGAGGAUUUCACCAGCACACCCCGGGAAGGCGCAUGUGUCCAUGGUUUGUUCAUGGAAGGUGCACGCUGGGAUAUGCAGCUGGGGUUAAUUGCUGAAGCUCGGCUGAAGGACCUGACUCCACCGAUGCCCAUUAUCUUCAUCAAAGCCAUCCCAGUGGACAAACAAGAUACCCGUAACGUGUACCCAUGUCCUGUAUACAAAACCCGCCAACGGGGACCGACCUACGUUUGGACCUUUAACCUGAAGACAAAAGAGAAGCCUUCCAAGUGGGUUUUGGCAGGAGUGGCACUUCUCCUGCAAAUUUAAACUCCUUCACAUCACCUUUUUAUCUAAACGGAUUCCUCAAGUAGUCAUAAUCUCUUCAUUGGAAAAUUUCACAUAACAAAUAGUUGGACAUGAGGUGUAGACAUGAUCUGAAGGUGCUGACAUGCAAGAGUGUAUGAGCCCUUUUAUAUCACAACACAGGUUUCAAGCUGCCUUGCAAACAGCAUCACUUGCAUAAAAUAUAACUUUUUCAAAAAUCUUUUAAUUAUAUUAGCUAAGCUGCAUGCUGUUUUUAAUGGAAAAAGAAUAAAAUGUACAUGAACAUAAUAAAUAAUUACACAAAUAUAAUUGAUUCAUUUUGUAAAUAGGAAAAAACAUAAAACCCUCCCUGAUUAGCUUUGAACAUAGAAUCAUAGAAUCGUAGAGUUGGAAGAGACCUUGCGGGCCAUCCAGUCCAACCCCCUGCAAGAAGCAGGAAAAUCUAAUUGAAAGUACCCCUGUAUAUUUAGAAAGUUUGUGGAAAUGAAUAAGCUUUCAUCUAAUGUGAGAAAGAUGAUAAAAGAGACACUGUCUGAGCUUCUUUAAUGAGAGCAUUCCAUAGAUUAGAUAGGAAGGCUACCACUUAAAAAGACCUCCUCAGUAGGCAUCCAACAAUUUCCUUUGAUUGGGGCACACAGGCCAGGUCAUCCAACUAGAAAAUCAAGGGAAAUCAAGGCUGAAGUGUUACUAAAGCCAUGAAAGGGCUUAAUGGUCACAGCUAGCAGUCUGAAUUGUACCUGGAAAUGCAGCACAUCAGACUAGAUAUGUAUGUUAUCUAGACAUCACCUCAAAUCAUUUUCAACUGAAAGCUGUUCACACAUGAAGCAGUCAGUUGCCAAGUGUGGAGCAGUCAACAUCCAUGUGUGAACUGCUAUCAAGAGACAUAUUUAACCACAGAGUCAAAGCACAUAUUUAUUUUACAAAUGGUAGAUCUUACAAAUUAGGUGCACAUGGCAUGAAAAAAUGUUACUAUGGGAGAAUACACAUUAAAAGCUGCAUUGCUCUGAAAGGCAGUGUUGCAACUGAUGUUACAAGAUUGAUUCUCAAUGAAACUUGAUGGGGAAAUAGAGACAGGUGAUGAUCUUCCAUUGUACAGCUGAGAGUAUUUCUCUGCACUUCGAUGGAAUCAGUCAUUUACACUCUGGAAUGAUACAGUGGAUUGUCCCUCGCACAGAGGGAGGAUUAAUUCUACUUCAGCUAUCCCUGAAAAAUGCUUAUUUUCUUCGACAAAGCAAGUAAAAGACUUGCCCUUGCAUCAUCCACAACAUAUUGAAGCAUAAAGGAGCCAAGUCUGACACCUUCCUUUAUAGACUGCUCAUUUUUACGCAAGAUUACACUGUAGAAAUGCUGGAGGGAACUGAGUUUUCACAAAGCUAUUAAGGUGAAAUCUGUAGUGAAGGAGGUAAACUAAACAUUUCAGAAUGAGACAUGUUACCUAAAUAAAAAGGAAGUGUUUUGAAUAGUCUGGUAAAUUAUCUUCUCUCACUCUCACAGUUGUUCUCUAUGACAAACCGGUAUGGCUAGUUUUCCAGCACUUUGAAGUAGGACAGGCUGCCAGGUAUUCUUUGUCUGUUUCUCAAAGAUAGGUCAUCACCAUUCACAUCUGCAACAUCAUGCCCUGGAUACUUGUGAAUACACAUUUAUGGAGAAAGGUCACCCCCAUUACUCAAAUUUCAUUGAAAGUCCUUACAAGCCAGGCGAACCUGCACCUGCUAAGCACUCUGGCACUUGGAUGAACUCUGACUACACAAGAAAAAAUGAUUAACUCCAAUUGCCAGCUUAUUAAACAUCAAGUGGAGAGAAGUUCAAAAGUGGCGACUUCAAAAAAAAAAAUGAACAAGAUGCCAGUUGCCAACUUUGUCUCUAAGAGCCUUAUUCCACUAAUAAUUGUGUUAUGCUACUGGGAUUGUAAAACCGCCUUUCAGGAAUUCCCUUACAUUUUGCCAAUUAGGUCUUACAUCAGAGCUUUGACCCCAAGGAAUAUGACUUUUGAUAACAGAUGUAUUGCUUUCGUGUGUCAAUGCUAGCCGAUCACUUUAAAGAUCUAAAGAUAUGUAUCACCUCACACAACACUUCAAGGCAGUGGUCGUGUUUGUAAUUUUCUGGAGCCCAUUAUUCUAUUCCACUGUCAUAACUGUAUAUGUCCAAUAGUUUAGGCUUCAAUACCAUUCUCUUGUUGCAUCUCAGGAUGAUUAAUUGAUCUCCACCAGCCUUAAAGGUGCUCCUAGAUUCCUUUCUCUCCACCUCCCUCUGCCCUUUUUAUGUUGCACUAGACUAAUAUGGCUACUUUAAAUGAAAAAUACCCUGGAAAUUAAGAUGCAACUAGCACUUCUUAUUUCAUAUGAAUGCCUUUGAAUUUAUUGGAAUCACAAAUACAGAAAUUAUUCCUCCUCUUUUUGAAGCGCAGAAAAUGAAUGAAAUGCCACUUCUUAUAAAUGUUCAGCAAACAUGUUGCAAACAAGACUGUCUGGAGGCGACAUCUCAGUUAAGAUAAUAACUGCUGGCUGUUUGAGAAGAUCGGAAUAGUCAAUAACGUGACAGCUAGAAUUCAUGUACCAGCCACUGCUGAAAUGCCCAAAAGCUGCGCAAAUGCAAAAUGGCUAUUGGGAACCAGCUGAUAAUUGGCUAAGGCAUCUAGAUUGUAUUUGUGCAAGUACAUGUUGGAGCAGAUGUACACCUGUCUACACAUCUGAAUUGUGAGAUUAUUGCUUCUACAGCUGAUCUGUUGGAAUAUGAGCUUCAGUAUAUGUAGUGUUAAUACUUGAACUAUCCAUGAUACAUGUUUGUAUGUUUUUUUGUUAGAUAAAAGAGAAUCUUUAGUUUUAAUACUGACUUGUAGUUUUAAAAUGCUUAGAAAUGGAGAUGAGCACCAGCCCCCAGACUCGGACACGACUAGACUUGAUGUCAGGGGAAAACCUUUACCUUUACUAUAAACAUGCAAGGUUCAUCCACCUCUAACAGAGCUUCUGUGAUUCUUCUCUCGGAAAAAAAAAACUUUCUGAAGAGAGCAUCUUUUUCUCUCAAUGGAUGCACUUCAUAGGAUCUGGAACUUUCAAUAGCCAGCACCUUGGAUCACAUUAAGAGCCUCCAUAGAAUUCCAGUUUCUCCAUUUGGACAAAACAUUACUUUCUUAGGUUACAUUUCUCAGAAUUCCUUAGUCGGCAUUGGUUGGUCUCCUCUUCAGAGAGUUUGUUUUCCACAUGAGGAAAGGAGCUUUGGAGAUGGUUUGGGUGGGGUUAAAGUACUGCCCUUCUCCUCACUCUUUUUCUUGCUUGCAAAAGGGCUGAAAGGGCUCCUGUGAGCUACAGACCAUUCAUGGCAUUGAUUCAAUAAAUCCCCAACACAGAGGACCAGCAACAGUCUCUGCCAUCCCAGAUGAUGCAUUGCUUCUCUAAUUGAAGGAAGCAGGGGUUUUCAUAAAAACUACAGUUUCCAUUCCAGCCUCCAGGUUUGCCCCCUCCCACAAUCAACACCAAAGUCAGUCAUGUGUUACUGUACCAGUUAUUGCAAUAUGAAGUCCAAGUUGUUGAAUAUUUUUCAAAUGCUCCCCUGGCACCCCUUUUAAUAAAGUGUACUUAUGCACAAAAAUGAAUUUUAAAAUAAAUUUUGGGCUCUGACUUCCA